AUGCGAGUUUCUGAAAUUACAACACACGAUGUUGAUAAUGAAAUAUUAUCAUCAUAUGAUAAUGAAUACUAUCAACAAAAUGAAUUAAAUUGGCUGCGAGCAAUCACAAAUAGGCAGAAAGCAAAAAUUGAAGAACUUAACGAAGGAAGGAAAAUGCUAUCCAUUGAACUUGCACAACUCAAAGAUAUCAUAUUAAAUGAAAUGCUAAUGGAAGAUUUGAAUAAUUUGAAACGAGAGUAUGUAUUUUUGCUACAAAGUUGUAUUAAAAUUUCGCUUGAUGAGCAGCAAUCUAUUGAUGCGCUUCAAGUCAAAUUGCUUGGUAGUCAUAUUCAUAAAAAACGUGUGAUAAAUUUAUUGAAUGAAGCACGAGCAGUUGAUCCAACAUUACCAACUUUUGAAAGUUUAACAUUAUUUGGCAAUUAUUUGGAUAUCUUUGGAUUUCAACGAUCAUUCGCUGAUGAAGAAUUAGCAUUGCAUUAUAUUUGUACACAGUUAUAUGCGCUUUAUUUGGAAUGCACAUCUGCACACUUGCAACAUCGUAUUGCAUGGAAACGAUACUUGUACAAUUGUAAUUACCAACUUUGCAAUAAGAGUGAAAUACGUAUGCUUAUUCGAACUGGUGUACCAGGUGAUUUAAGACCAAGCAUUUGGAAAUUACUCAUUCAUCAACAAAUUGCUGAUAUUAAAAAAAAAUUUGGCAAAUAUUACUUUCGUGAUUUAUGUAAUACACGUGGAUCACUUGAUGAAACAGAGUACAGAGAUAACCAUCAAAAACAAAUAACGCUUGAUUUAUUGCGCACAUUACCUGGUAAUAUACAUUUCAUGUCACCAACAUGUAAAGGGAUUCAACAAUUAGAGCAAGUAUUGCGUGCAUUCUGUUUACAUAAUCCAAUAAUUGGUUAUUGUCAGGGAAUGAACUUUAUUGCCGGAACAGCAAUGCUUUUUCUUGGUGUCGAAGAUACAUUCUGGUUUUUAGUUGCUGUUACGGAAAAAUAUUUUGAUAAAUCAUAUUUUGAUUAUGCAUUAACCGGUGCACAAGCUGAUCAAGAGGUACUAAAGGAAUUGGUUGCAAGAAGAUUACCACGAUUAGCUGCACAUUUGGAACAAUAUGGCAUCGAUUUAGCUACGGUAACACUAAAUUGGUUUUUGGCGCUAUUUUAUGACGCUGUACCUUUUCAGACAAUGAUCCGAAUUUGGGAUUGUUUCCUUUUGGAUGGUACAAAAGUGCUUUUUCGAUUUGCUCUUGCAAUUUUAUCCAUUCAUGAAAAGGAAGUACUUCAACGAAAUGAUACCAUAUCAGUUAUCAAAAUUCUAAAAGCAUCCGUUCGUUUAACAUACGAUUACGAAGGAUUAUUUAAUUUAGCAUUCGACACGAUGCAAUCAUUUCCAUCACGUUCUGAAAUUGAGCAUAAACAAAAGUGGUAUUUAGAUUUACUACGUGAACGAUUAAAUCGUAAAGAACAAUUAAGAAAAGUAUUUACAUCUUUAUCAUUGCAGGAAAGAUCACGAUUUCCAACAAUUGAAGUUGUAACAUUUAGUAAGGAUCGUGAAGAUACAGGUUUCAUUUGUGCAGGUCAUCAAACAAAAGGUAUUAUUAUUCGUUUCAAUCUUACUGAUAAAAUUUCAACCAUGGAUAAACUUGAUAUUGAAUUUGAUUGCAAAAUUUUUUCAAUGGCAUUAAGAGAAGGUGAAAUUGCAUAUGUUUCACUAUUAUCUGGUUAUAUUGUUGCAUUACAAAUUAAAGAUAUGAAAAGCGAAAUGUUGUGGGAAUUAAAAAUAUCCGAUAUUGCGCUUAAAUUAUUAUACAAAGAUGAACUUUUAUAUGCAGCACUUGCCAGUGGUGUGCUUACCAUUUUCGAGAAUGUUAACGAAAUUGUACCCAAUGUUAUCGAAAUGCUUAAUUUGCCAAUUAGUACAGCACCUGUUACGGAAAUGAACAUUGUUGAUGAUACUUUAUGGCUUGCAACUGCAUGCAAAGUGACAAUUAUUUGUAUGAAAUCGCUAACAACACUUCGUAAAAUUUAUGUUGCAUCAUCGGUAUCCGUUCAUAGUUCACCAAUGUUUGAAAAAAUACGUUGUAUGUGUCCAUCAUCAUAUGGAGUUUGGAUUGCGACAGCUCAUUCGCAAGUGUUACAACUUUGGAAGGAUGACGAAUGCAUUUUAAUCUUAGAUUUAGGAAAAGAACAAUACAAUAAUGCACCUCAACGACCAACCGAAAUUACAUCGGUAAUGUGUGUUCGAAAGCAAUUAUGGAUUGGUACGGUGGAUGGAUAUUUGUUAAUUUAUCAUAUCAUUCAUAACCAAUUGGAUACAACAACUCAUCCAGCAAUAUUUCUUCCAAGUAAAAAUGAAAUGCGAUAUGAUGAAUCAGCAAUUGAAAAUGCAUAUCGUUUCAUUUCUAACAUUUCACGAAAAACAUUAGUGAAAAUUGAUCGAAAUACUCGAAAAUAUAGCGUUUUUCGGAAAAUAUCUCUUGAAACAACAGCAUUAACAACACCAAUGUUAUCAAGAAGAAAAGAGAUAAAAUCGAAUCAAAUCAAUCAGAAACCAAUGGCAACAAUUAAAUCUUCAUUAAAUUCUUCAUCAGAUACAGUUUACAAUGAACCAUUAUCAAAAGUUCCGAUGCGGAAGCGUUCAUCAUUCCUUCUUCGAUCAUCCAUGACGAAAAAUAAUCAUAAAAGUGCUGCAAAACAUUGGUGGAUAGCAAAUGAAAAAAAAAGCAAAAAUUUGGAUGUUGGAUUAGCAUCAUCGUCAAUUUCGCAUCAUUCAUUGGAAUAUGAUGAUUUAUUUGAGAUUUAUUCAAAGCAAGACAAACAAGGCUAUAAAAGUGGAAAAGUUAAAAAGUCGUCAAAUUUGCACAACUUAUUGAAAGUGCAAUCUGCAGCAGAUAGUACAAAUGAUUUUUCCAGCGAAAUGUUCAAGCUCAGAAGGAAAGAUUUAGAAUUUGAUGAAUUUAUUCCACAAAAAGAAUCCAAUUCAUUAGAAAGUGAUAGAAAACGCGGAAAAGUGCAAGGAACUGAUGAAACUAAAAGGUCAAAGAUAACUUUAGUACUUGAAAUGAAAUUGAAAAUAUCAGAUAAACAGGUCAGAUGUAGUGCACAUACCAGAAUUGGCGAUGAAACAAUUGUGGUGACAUGUGCUGGUGAUUACGGUGAUAUGGAAUCAAUACUAAAAUGGACCAUCGAUCGAAAGGUAGAAGAUGGGCGAGAGUUAUGGGUAAAUGAUCCAAUUGUUGAUGCAACAAAUUGGGAUGCUAGAAGACUACAAAUGAUUUCAGAUGUUAGCUUCGGUCAUUAA